AUGAAUUCAGACAAUCUCCCUAACUCUAAUCCAAAACAAGAGAAACAAUCAAAUAUCAGCCCAUUCCUCAGUACAGCUCCAGUAGGGGCACAGUUGCAAAAGGACGCUGAUCCUAAUGCAAGUGCUUACUUGUCUCCCUCUUAUAUCCACUGCAAUCGCUGGGGCCAUAGAAGACACUGUGGGGCAUCUUGUGGAGGACAUUUCAAUUCGGUUCAUCCAUAUUAUGGCACCACAGAGACAGUAACAACUAAAGAAGUAGAUGAAACUGGAAAUACAAUCAUUCGCACGAUUUCCAAACCAGUCGUAAGCAAGACAGAAAAGAUAGUGACAGGAAUUUUUGUGGCUAUCUUCACUAUAGUUUUUAUUUCAGUUUUUGUAUUUAUUGGUGCUAAAGUAGUUUCAUCAUUGAUCAAGAAUUAG